AUUGCUGUACUCACCGGAUGGUCCAAGAUACUUACAGAUUUGUUGGUUCCCUGUUUCCUGCAUACAUCUCAGUCUGGGUUGUCAAGUCUACACCUGCCGCCGGCGCCAAUGAGGCCUGGUCUGUCUGCCAAAUCAUUCUCGCUACCUCAGACGAGAUAACUUCGAAAUCGCACCGGUAUUUCCACUCUCGCGAUUGGUCAGCACUCGCUUCCCUUCUGCCCGCGUUUCCACAAUUACAACAGUUCCAAGUCCUCUGCGGGGAGGAGCAUUCAGAAGAGGACUUCCGCGCGCUCUCCGACAAGGUCGCGGAGGCCAUGAAUAACCACAUGCAUCCGCCUGUCACGCUUCAACAUGACCGUGACCUGCCAGGCGGGAGAUACUUGCAGCCUGCGCUGUUUGGUCUGACCGAGGCAGAUGUGGAGGCAGGGCGAGAGAAAGUGGUACGUACUGGAAAGCAGAAUUACUUGAUACCUAGCUGAGCAGUCUUUUUGCGCAGAGACGACGAGUCAAGGAGAGAGAAGAGAGAGAAGAAAUGUAUCGCUUACUCGCGGCACACGAUUCCGACUCCAAGAGCGAAACGGAUUGACCAAUGUUUGCUGAUCAUAUGUCCAGCGUUCUUGUCUACUCUUGUUUGAUCAUCGUUAUCGUAAUUUCACGGUCGCUCAUAUGCUGUCUUGCCUUCGUUCUCAUGCAACCUUUGCGCUUGUAUGGCCUAGUAGAAUCAAUAUUAACACUAUGGACUUCCGGAGAUGACCCAGACAUGACCCA